UCUCGGCACAGCAUCCUGCUCCAUGGCAUCCUCCGGUCUAACGAUGGAUCACACCUUCCUGCCUCGCUCGAUCUGGACCGGUGACAGUAAAAUCCUCCAGCAUCCAGUGGAUCUCUACACCAGCGUGGUCGUUACGCGCAGCAUCCCUGCGGGCACGUGCUUCGGACCAUGUGUGCUCCAAAACACUUUCUACGACACCAUUGCCUUCAUAGCGCAGAAAUCCUGUGACAAGAGAGCGAAAUCAUACGUGUUCAGAGUCGACCCUGAGGCGAUGCGUAAUUCCGCGCUGGUGCUGUCCUGGCUGCGGCUCGUGCAGGCGGCGCGCAGCCGGGAGGAGCAGAACACGGAGGCCUUCCUGAAAGCGGGUCAGCUGUAUGUAAGGACCACCCGAGACGUCCAGGAGGAGGAAGAACUGCUGGUGUGGUACGACCAGGAGCUGUCCCACCUCCUGGGCUUCACUGACAAGACCAAAGGCUCGAAGCAAGAAUUCAAAUGCGGGCGAUGUCACCAGAUUUUCAAACAUGAGUAUCCCUUCCUGGCCCACUGCCGAUUCCUGUGUCCUCAAGUGAAGACUGACACCUGGAGCCGCGAGAUCUACGAGCACAAGCACGUGGAAAUUAAGAAGCAGCACCGAGUGACAGAUUUCCACAACAUCGCUCGAGAUUUGGAGCAGAAAAAAUCUGGCUGCAACGAGGACGCGGAGGUUUCCUCCAAGAGGAGGAAAUAUGAGGAGAGCCUUCAUCCCAAAUGGCGAAAAACGGUUCUUUUGGAGAAGACGAACAUUUCAAAUGACGACAACAUCACGCAGCUGGUUAAAGGCUCCGACCAGUCAGCAGGGGAGAGCUCUUCUUCUGAGGAGAAACUAAAAUCUGAUCAGAUCAAAUCGGAUACCGUGGGACACAAAAGUGAUGAAACUCCGCUGGAAACCAAGAGCCUUUUUACGCACGACAGAGAGAUGAAAGCGCGGCCGGAGAGAGAGGAAGGCUCUGGAGUGCAUUCAAGCGGCAGCAGUGCGUUUUCUCUAGUCCUUCCCUACAACCAAGGAGAGCAGAAAAGCGCUUUUUGUAAACCAAGUAAAAGAACUUCUCCGGGUGAGCCACAGGCGCAUCUCAGCGGCGCUUCAACAGCCCCCUCUAGCCGCCUGGAGGAGAUGACCGACGCCUUCGCCUCCAGGACCGUAAUGGGAUACAACAAUCUGAUUGCAUCCAACAUCCUGAGCGGUGAACUGCAGACUGUGCCCUCCCCUGUUGCCAUGAAUAACGCUUUCCAUUACGCGCCGGAGCACUGGUCCAGGAGCAUCGGCGCUCAGCUGCAAACCGCGUCCUCUCUCACGAUCCUCCCGCCCACCUUCACCUCCUUCGGCGUGUCGGUGCAGAACUGGUGCGCAAAGUGCAACCUGUCUUUCCGCAUGACCUCUGACCUGGUCUUCCACAUGCGCUCUCACCACAAGAAGGAGUUUGCGGCGGAGUCGCAGGUGAGGAGGAGGCGAGAGGACAAACUCACCUGCCCCAUCUGCCACGAAUACUUCCGAGAGCGACACCACCUGUCCAGACACAUGACCUCUCACAACUGAAACGACGAGCGACUAAAAACUAUAUUUAUUUCCUAAUGGUGCUCCUAUUUAACAAACCCGGACUCCUGAUUCACUCCGAGACUCUGUUGCAGGCUGUAAACAUUGAAUGUAGGUAUCUGUAACAUAGCCAGUGGGACACAAGUGACCAUUUCAACCUGUCCAGUAGGUGUCGCUAGAGGUGCAUGUAGAGACGGAGGCCGCUGCAGUCAGACGUCUGUCCUCUGAGCUCUGUGUGUUGGGUUGAUCAUUAUUUUGUGCCUUAAGGAACGCCGGAGGGAAGACAGACUGUGAGGACAGCUCAUGAUUGUGUGCGUAAAUAUCCGGAGGGAAUCCUCGUGUUUAUCAGCUUUUCUCUGCUCUGGUUUGUACAGCGGAUAUGAACUGAGUGUGUUUGCACAUUUGUUUGGAAAUCUAAAGUCAUAAAAGUGAAACAAACGUCUUGGGUAUUUUUUCCCCCUCUACAUCAAGCUGGUUUAAGUUGAUUUAUUUUGGUCCAACAGGUGGCGACUGAGACCAGCUUUUGUUCUCUCAGAGGAUUUAGUGUUCAAAAGUUCACCUCAGUGUGUUAUCUUUGUGUUUAGACUGUCCCAACUGCUAUCAGGAUGUUGGUAAUUAAUUGGGGAAAAAAUAAAAUGUUGCACUACACAAUAGGAGGAAA